UCAAAUUUUAUGAAAAAUUUUGAAAAGAAAUUAAUAGAAGAAUAUAAGAAAGGCGUCAAAGAAAAAAUUAAGAAAAGACACUUGGAUCAAAUCAAAGUAAAUAGUACAUUAGCUGCAACUGGCCAUGCAGCCACCAGGAAUGAAAUACACACCGAACUCGCCAAAAAAGAAUUAUUAAUAAGUAGCGUGAAUGACGAUAAAUUAGAAGCAAUUAAAUGUCCAAGAGGAAAAGAAAAAUUAACCGAAGAACAAGCAGAUUUUCCUAUGACAAUGCAGAAUUAUUGUUCAAAAGAUAAGCUUUUUGACAUUGUAUCAGAUGUGAGAAAGUGGCAGCAAAGGCAAAUGGAAUUUAUUUUAUCAAAACAAAAGAUUCUUAAACGAAGAGAAGAUAUUAGUUUUUAUGAAAAAUAUAAGUUUCCUUUAUUAGAAAAAAUAAAAGAAAAUAAAACAUUAGAUGAAAUUUAUGCUACAUCAAAUUCUAUUAUUUGGAGAACAGAUUUUAUAGAAAAUUGGAUAGCCAAUAGAAAAAUUCUCGAUUAUACAGUAGAAAAAGAAGAAGAUAAAGAAGUAGAAGAGAGAGAAACAGAUAUCAGCAGUUCUUAUCUUGAAAUAAGCAAAGCAACAGUUGCUUCUGAAAUUGAAUCUGAUAUGUUAAUACAAGAUAACAGUUCAUAUAUGCUUGUAGAUGGCCAGAGAGAAAAAGUAUCAUUUAAUACAGAUCAUAAAGAAGAAACUGAAAAUUUACCAACACCAGAUAUAGCGGAGGCCAUGCCAAAAGAUAAUAUAUUGAUUACACCUAUUUUAGAUAAUACAAUUAUCAAUGAAGCUGUAAUUCUCAAGAAAGACGAAGAAGCUCCAAAUGUAAUACCUAAUGAGAAAAUAUCAUUUGUAGAAGAAACUGUAACAGUUACAUGUGUAGAAGAUCAAAAAGACGAAGGAGUAUCAAUUAAACACUCAGAAAUCGACUUACCUAUAAGUUUAGAGGAAAAAAGAGAGGAAACCGUUAUUAGUUCAUCUGCUGAAAAGGAAGAAAUUAUUCUUACUCCACCAGUCGAAUUUAAAGAUCACGAAACUAUAGAAGACAUAACAGAUGAAAUCAUUUUAACUACACCUUCAGUUAAAGAAAAAGAAUUAGUUACAACUAUUGAAGAUAAAGUAAAUGCUACAAUGCCUGCCAUAUCUGAUAGUGAAAAAGAAAAUAUUUUUUCAGUUACUUCAGUUACACCUGUAGAUGAAGAAAUGAAUACUUUAGAACCUACAGUUUUAACUAAAUCUUUUAUAAAAGAUGAGAUCGAAAUAAAUCAACAGAAGCUCGAAGAAGGUGAAGUUGAAUCGGUUAUACCGCCUGGGAAAGAGGAGACAAGUUUAAAAGAAAUUAAAGAAAAUGAAUUUAAAUCAUUCGAAUCUUUCGAAGAAUUUCUGUCAGAAAAACAUGAAAAAGAAAAAGAUAAAAUAAUAUCUGAUAAAACUGUAGAAAAAUCAUUAACAUCACCUUCUGAAGAACAUAAAGAUAUAGUUACACCAUAUAGUGAAGAGCUAAAAGUUGAAAUUGGACAGACAUCAAAAAUCGAAAAUGAAAACAUUACUUCAAAUGAUAAAAUCGAAACAGAAAAAUCUGAUUUAUGUGUAAUUUCUAAAAAAGUAAAAGAAAACAAUCCUCCUUCUACCUUUGAAAUCGAAUCUUCCCUUCCACCUUCCCUUGAAAUCGAAAAAGAUCCUGCAUUAAUUACUAAAGAAAUUAAAGAAUCUAGUCAAGUAAUUUCUUCUAAAAACAUAAAUGAAGUUGAAAUCUCUACCUCUGAAGAAACAAAAGAAACUUAUUUCACGUUAAAGUCUGAUAAAACUAAUAUUCAUGAUAUUACAGAGAAAGAAUUCGAACACGAUACUGAUUAUAAAACUGAAAUAAUUGAUAAAAAUGAACGAGAAGUGAAAAAUAAAGAAAGUACUAUAGAUAUAGAAAAACCCGUUAUUUCUUUCGAGAAUCGAAGGACUAAUAUUUCUGUAUCAUUGGAGGCCGAAGAGACAAGUGGAUCUCAAAUUAAUGAUGAAAUGAAAGCAAAAGAAAUUGUCUCGGCUGUAUUACCCAUUGCAACCUCAGAAGACCCGUUCGAAAGUAAAGAAAUUACAAAUGAAGUGGAGAAAGGGAAAAUUAUCAAUUCAAACGAAAUUACCACUAAAAUUAAAAAUAAAAAUAUUGCAACUGAUCGAAAUAAAGAAGAAUGUCAUUUAGAAAGUAAAGAAGACAAAUUCGCAUCAAACGAUGAUAUUGAAGAGAAAAUUGUUAAUGUGUCCAAAGAUAAAAAUAUUUCAUCUAUAAAAGAAGACGUAAAAAAUAAUAAUACAGAAAUUACUAUGCAAUUUAUUACCGAUAAACAAAAUGACAUAACAAUUUUAACUAAUCAUUCGAAGGAAAUGAGUGAAAGUAGUGCAUGUCCAAGUGAAAUUCCUCAAACUGAAAUAACAAUUAAAAAUGAAGCUUCACGACUAAAUUCUUCAAUACAAACUAAUAACGUUAGAAAAAGUAAAGAAGAAAUUUCAAUUGAGACGGAAUUCGAAACUAAUAAAGAGGAACAAAUUCCAAAUAAGCUUUCAAGCGAAGUUUUAGAAGAUAAAAAAUUUGUUGACUUGCAAAAUAAUGAUGCGAAAGAUAAAGAAAAUCUGGAUGUAACUGAUGUUUCAAUCGAAUUUCAAACUGAACAACCGAAAAAAGAAGUUUAAUUAAUAAAUUACUUUAUGAUUUUCAAAUUAACUUUAUUAAAUUACCUUUUUUAAUUGCUUUAAGAACAAUAAUUAAAAUAAAAUAUAAUAAAAAAGAGAAAU